AUGUCUUCAAGCAAGAAAAGCGGCUCGUCAGCUUCAUCAGGCAGCAAGUCAAGCGGUGCCUCUGGCUCAUCGGGAUCCACCCACACUUCAGGCAGCUCGGGAGCUUCCUCUGGCCACUCGUCGGGCUCAUCGGGUGCUUCAGGCUCUUCCGGAUCGACUCACACUUCAGGAUCUGGCAGCUCUGGCAGCUCUGGCAGCUCUUCGCACGGCUCCUCGGGCAGUUCUUCACACGGCAGCUCUUCACACGGCGGCAGCUCCUCUUCUGCCCACUCUUCGGGCUCUCGUGGAGGCAGUUCCACCUCUCCCGGCGGCAGCAGCAGUCGUGCCCCUUCAAGCAGCCGCCCCGGAUCGUCCUCCUUCAGUGGCACUCGUAAGAGCAAGUCAGGCACUGCCGUCGGCGGGUCUAGUGGCGCUCCAGCUGGCUCUGCUGCCGGCGCUGGCGCCAGUGGCACUGCUCCCAAAUCAGCCUCUCACGCGAGUGGCUCUGCGGCGCGCACCACCUCUGCCGGGCCGAUUGCCGACAGCAUUGACACUCGCUUUGGCUCCAAGGUCUUUGAGCGCUGUCAGGUGCUGACGGACAAUGAGCUCGACCCGACUGCCAGCGCCAGCGCCAGUGGCUCCCGAGCGGGCAACAGUAACUACGUUUCUGGAUCGAGUGCAGUGCACUCGGGCUCGCGCGCCUCGGGCAGUGGCAGCAACUACGUUUCCGGUUCAUCGGCGGCCGCCUCUGGCUCUCACGCUUCGGGCUCGCAUGGAUCGGCUGCGCCGAUGAGUGGCAGUCGCCCAGCUAGUGGCUCCAUGGCUUCGGGCUCGCAUCCGUCUGGCUCUCAGGCAGGAUCGGCCGCCCCCUCGGGCAGUGGCUCCCAGGCGGGCAGUGGUAGCCGCCCAGCCAGUGGAUCUGCGGCCUCGGGCUCACAUUCGUCCGGUUCGGGCAUGAGUGGCAGUCACGGCAGUUCUGGAUCGGCCGCCUCAGGAUCGGGCUUCUCUGGAUCACGCCCAAGUGGCAGCAAGUCGGCCGGCUCGGGCGCUUCGGGCAGCAAGUCAGGCAGUCACCACAGCGGCAGUAACACCUCUCUUGGCUCGUCAGGCUCCUCAAAGGGCGGCUCCUCGGGUGGCAGCAGUGGCGCCAGCAAGUCAGGAGGUGGAAGCAGCAGUCAUGGCGGCUCAUCCAGCCACGGAUCCUCUUCCAAGGGCUCCAGUGCCAGCGGCUCUAGCGGCGCCAGCGGCUCUAGUGGCGCCAGUGGUUCGCACUCCAAGUGA